UUUAUCGUUUAAAGAACGUCAUGGCAUUGUGAAUUUUGAGGAUCAAAGUUCUCAAGGUAUCGGACGUAACUUACUGUAGGGCAUAUGGGCUACUAUGCCUUUCAUGAAGAUAAAAUUUUUGGGACGCGAAAAAUUGAUAUCAGAGUUUGAUGAGAUUUCUUUUGUACACGUGGUGUUGUGAAAUGGCGUUGAAUCGGUCGGUCGGGUUGUGAAAUCGCAUAAAUAUAAAUUUGAUAUUUUAAAACUCGGGUAUUUAGUUGAAUAUGUGAAAAUUGACUGUGUGAAGUUCUGAAGUUAUUUAUUUACGGGCAUUCUUGUAUCGUUCAUGCAUGUUGACAUCAUAGUGUGGUAAUUCGAAUUUCCUCCAAUCAUCACACAUUUCAAUAAUAGGAAGGAUUGUUAAUUAUUUCGAUCUAUUUUGAUUGAAUUGUGUUGAAUGAUAACAUCUUGAAGGUAGAAUUGUGAAACAUAACCAAGGACGUACUGAGGAAUAACAAGACAGGAUGUCAAAGUCACACAAUGAGAUUACAUACAAACUUGUCGUGGUGGGUGAUGGAGGGGUGGGGAAGUCAGCCCUGACCAUCCAGUUUUUCCAGAAACUUUUCGUGGAGGAUUACGAUCCAACCAUUGAAGACUCCUAUAUUCAGCACACAAAUAUCGACGGCAAACCCUGUGUUCUUGAUGUGCUAGACACGGCGGGACAGGAGGAGUUCAGUGCGAUGAGGGAGCAGUAUAUGAGGAAAGGGGACGGAUUCCUGUUAGUCUACUCCGUUACUGACGCUCACAGCUUUCACAACAUCCAGAAUUUCCACACACAGAUUCUACGGGUCAAGGACAGGGACACCUAUCCCAUGAUUCUUGUGGCCAACAAAGUUGACCUUGUACAACAGCGGAAGGUCACAGAGGAAGAUGGAAAGAAUCUGGCAACAAGGCUAAAUAUACCAUACAUAGAAACCAGUGCCAAGGAUCCUCCCAUUAAUGUAGAUCUAGCCUUUCAUGAAGUUGUCAGGGUCAUAAGGCUGAUGCCAUUUGACCCCAAACAACAUCGCCGGAGGAAAGCUCGGAAGUCAAAGUGCACCAUCCUGUGAUGUCAUCUUCCUCAUUGUAACAACGUAACCACUCUCCAUCACAGCUCAUCACCAUCAUCUUGAGGUCCAAAGGACUUCUGUAGUCAGCGCUGUAGCCAUCUUAUCAUCCUACUAUGUUACAGUUUCAUUGGCGAUCAGUACACCAACAAGAUUUCUGUUGUUGGCUCUGCAUGCAAUGACCAAUCUUGUAGACAGUGGAAGUGUAGCGUCUCUCUCUCUGCUCUUCGGUCCAUAACUGUGAAGAUUUCUGCACCUCUAUUUGACAUGUGACAAUUGAGGCACUUGAGCAGUUGAUGUACAAGAGUGAACUUUUUUUUGGCUACACUGGAUCACAUCUCUAGUCAUCCUCAUACUGUUAGUUUGUAGUUGAUUUUUUGUUGUAAACAGCUCAUAUAUAUUUGGCAUUGUUUGACUCAAUGAGAGUCAUCAUUUGUUCAUUUCUACUAGAAUCACCUUUGUUUUGUUUCAUAGAACUUUACCAUUGUUAUUUAGUGAUGCAUUGAAGACUGGUUGUCCUUUUUUUGUUGAUAUUAAGGAUGGCUCACAAGUUUCUGAUAAACACUGUCAUUUGUACAUUCCCUUUUUCAUGAGUUCAUUCCUUCAUGUAUUACUGUAUUAUCCUUAGAUUUGUUUCUUGAUGGCUCUAGAGAAAGGUUUGGCAAGCAUAUUUUGAUUCUUGUCCUUGUUUUCUUAAGAAAAAUUACUCUAUAUUUUUGAGAUAUAUAUUGGGAUAUAUAAGAAGAGAGUGUUUCAGACUCCAUUUUAUAUUGUCAGAAAAAUCACAAAUCUAGUCAAUUUUAUUUGGAGAAAGAAUCAAUGUUCUGGAAUUUACAGCUAGGUAGACAUAAUACAAGUAAAAGAUGUUAAUU